GCAGCCAUAUUGGCAUGGGGGAUAGAUGACAAUUACACCUCAGCUGAAGAGCUACAUUUUUGUUAAUUUUGUUUGUUUUUCACGGGCGUAUUUAAUCGGAAACUAAAGGAUAUCGAAAUAUCACCCCAAUUUGACCUUGGUUGAUCCCGUGGAGGGCGUUGAAAGAGAUGAGCAACAACUUAAACAAGAGGGCUCCAACCACAGCAACUCAGAGGUUAAAACAGGACUACUUGCGAAUCAAGAAAGAUCCGGUCCCCUACAUCUGUGCAGAACCGCUCCCAUCAAACAUUUUGGAAUGGCAUUAUCUAGUUCGUGGCCCUGAGAAAACGCCAUAUGAAGGUGGAUAUUAUCAUGGCAAACUCAUUUUCCCACGGGAAUUCCCCUUCAAACCGCCGAGCAUAUACAUGAUCACACCUAACGGCAGAUUUAAAUGUAAUACAAGGUUAUGUCUUUCCAUCACAGAUUUUCAUCCUGAUACAUGGAACCCUGCGUGGUCUGUAUCCACCAUCUUAACCGGUCUCCUGAGCUUCAUGGUUGAAAAAGGCCCGACUCUCGGCAGUAUCGAGACCUCUGACUUCACAAAAAGACAGCUGGCCUCCCAGAGCCUUGCGUUCAACAUCAAGGACAAAGUCUUUUGCGAGCUGUUUCCAGAUGUUGUCGAAGAAAUCAAGCAGAAACAGCGUAUGCAGGAGGAGCUCCGUUCCCGCUCUCAAUCUCUGCCUCUCCCCGACGUGGUGCCGGACGGGGAAGCCCACCACGCGCAAAAUGGGCAUCUGCCUUUAAACGGGCAUUUGCCCCCAGGGGCAGCCCUCCCACCCGACCUCCAACAGGUCAAUCGAAAUCAUGGACUCCUAGGUGGAGCGCUCGCCAACUUAUUCGUCAUCGUAGGCUUUGCCGCCUUCGCCUACACAGUUAAAUACGUUCUGCGGAGCAUCGCGCAGGAGUGAAUCGCCCAGUGAGAGAUUAUACCGGGAGGAACGAAAGGCUGGAGCCGUUCUUAUGACCAAAAUAGGUAGCGAGAGAUCAAAAGGUGUUCUCACAACCAAAUAAAACGAAGCGGUCCUGUAUUUGAGAUUAAGAGCUCUGUGAUGUCCUUCUUAGUGGUGAGAACCACUCAAAGGUCAAGUGAAAUGAUGGCUUUAAUAUAUAAGGUGCUCAUUAUUUUUUUUUUUUUACCUUACCCAAUUCCCAUAGGAAGCUAAGCCCGAGUGACCAUGCAGUGAUCAUCUGAAUGGGCAUUUUAAGGCCUCUUCUUUUAAUUCAACAUCUGUUUUUGCAUUUCUUAUUGAUCUGAAGAUAUUCAAAUCUGCACAUUGGACGAUGAACCGUUUUUACGUUUAAGAUUAAAAGAAAAAACUGCAGUCCAAUCAUCCCUUAAAAUAACAUAGAAUAAAAUACUCUUGAAAUGUGCAUCACACCAUUUGCUGUGACUGAGAACCCAAACCAUUUAAUGCAAUGGAAAUGGCUCGAAUGUACACAUGCUUUAACUAUGGAAAUUUGUGCUCGCUUGCGCUACAGCAACCAUAACAACCAGUUAGGACAGGAAAGAAACGGCGUGAAAUGAGUUACUUGUCAUUAGAUUUGUGUGUCUGUGAUGCGGCGCUCCAAGUGUACAAUAACGAUCUUUCAGAGCGGUCACUGUCGGCCAAAAGAAAGCAUUAUCAACUCUUUUUCAGGCCAUGUAACACUAUAACUUAUGUUUUUGUGCAAUAUGUAGAGUUGUCAACUUGGCUUUUUACGAUACACAGCACUUCACUUCUUUUCCAAGGGUUGUGAUUUAUGCAAUAAUUCUCAAAAAAUGUAAAAAAAAAAAAAUAUCCAUUUUAGUCUUCUUUUAGGCAGGAGAAUAUGCAUUUAAGUGCAUUAAAUUCUUACAAUUUCCUGUUGUACUGUAAAAGAGGAUGUGUUUCUUAGAAAAAGUGAGUUACUUCCUCCAUAAUCAUUGAGAUGUACAAAUAAUAAAGUUGUUAAAACUUGCAAGUCAAAGUCUAGUUUGCUGAGACUUACAUGCACUGCGAAACGUCCCUUUCUGGGUUGGAACAGUCAUAUCAGCAUUUACUCUGAUUCGGAGCGAAUACCGUAAUGAAUAUUGUCAUUGUACCAGAAUGUUCUGGUCAUUUGACAACUUGCCCCCCAAUUGAAGUGUUUUGUUUCAAAUAAUAGAAUUUUUGACACCUCCAUGAACACUGUCGAUUGAUAUACUUUCCUGUAGAGGAGUGUGUAAACAGAUUGUCAUGUUGUGUUUACAUUUUG